AUGGUGACGAGGAGAGAUGACAAGCAGCUGUCGGACCUGGGACCUGGUUCCUGGCCGAACCAACAACGGCAACCUGCUCCUGGUGAAAGGGAGCGCCGAGAGCGCCACGGCUCGAGAAGGUGCUCGGAGAUUCAGCGUCGGGCUGCGCAGGAUCUCCUGUCGCAGACGGUGUGGGAGCUUGGCUCGGAGGUGGCAGUCCUGAGGGAACCCUACAGGGUUGGUAGCAACCGCGACUGGGCCACUGACCUCUCUGGCAAAGCGGCCCUGAGUAGAGCAACCAAGUUGACUCUAUCGCUGCUGGCGACCGAAGUUGCGUGCCUGUUUAACAAGUGCCUUCUGGAAGGGACGUUCCCCGACAGAUGGAAAAGGCAACGGCUGCUGCUGCUGUCCAAGCCUGGCAAGCCACCAGGAGAAGCAUCGUCCUACAGACCGAUCUGUCUGUUGGACACGAUUGGCAAGGUCUUCGAAAGGGUGAUCUCAGCCCGACUGAGCCAAGCCAUCGAAGUCGCUGGUGGACUAUCCCCGGAGCAAUAUGGCUUCACGAAGGGGAAGUCUACGCUGGACGCCAUCACGAGGGUAGUCAACGUGGCGCAGGAUGCAAUUGCCGGAACCAGGUGGAAAGGCCUGUUGGUCACCCUGGACAUCAGGAAUGCCUUUAACUCGGCAGACUGGAACCGAACGUUAGAGUUCCUGAGGAACUUUAACAUUCCUGGGUACCUGUUGAACGUAGCCCACAGCUACUUCAGCAACAGGGUCCUCCUGAUGGACACGAGCAUGGAACGCAAUGUACGACGGCGUACUGAGGCUUCCGAUGGAUUUGAGGACGACGUCGCUAUCGUGGUGGUAGCAAAGGAGCUAGCAACUGUGGAGGCCGUAGAGUCGUGGCUAGCGGUUGCAGGUCUGGAGUUGGCGGCGCACAAGACGGAAGCUGUCCUUAUCUCGAGCCGGAAAGCGGUGGAGACUGCUAGCGUGCUCAUCCGGGAGAGGAAGGAGAUCUUCGUAGCCAUGCAGGACAGGAGGGCACUGCCGUCUAGAGCAGAGCUCAAGGCUGCCGCCAGAAGGAGGAGUAUGGAAAACUGGCAGUCUCAAUGGGACAUAGCGCGAUGGGUAGAGAGAACGCAUGGGCAGGUCAACUUCUACCUGAGCCAGGUGCUAAGCGGCCACGGAUGCUUUCGCCAGUAUGUAAAGCGUUUCGGCCACGAGACGGAGCAUUGGUGCCCGGAGUGCGGAUCUGGCAUUGUGCAAGACGCAGAACACGUGCUCUUUGAGUGCCGGAGGUUUUGCUUUGAGAGGCAGGAGCUGGAGGAAGUAGCAGGAUCUACGAUCAGUGCCGAAUCCUUGAUACCGCGAAGCAAUGCCAUGCGGCGGUACCGCACAGGGUGA